AUGACAAACUCAAUUCCCCUGGGAGCUUACCUCUUUGAGCGUCUCAAACAGCUCGGCAUAGGUUCCGUCUUCGGCGUCCCCGGCGACUACAACCUCAAACUACUCGACUACGUGAAACCGGCCGGUCUGCACUGGGUCGGCAACUGCAAUGAACUCAACGCCGCAUACGCCGCAGAUGGGUACUCGCGUAUCCACGGCCUCGGCGUGGUAGUCACCACGUUUGGCGUGGGCGAGUUAUCAGCAAUCAAUGCCAUCGCGGGCGCAUUUGCUGAGCGCGCGCCUGUGAUUCACAUCGUCGGCUUACCUUCGAGGGAUACGCAGAGCGCGAGGGCUUCGGUACAUCAUACAUUCCUGGAUGGAGAGUAUGGACGGUUUGCGGCGAUGCAUGCGCAUGUUACUGCCGCGCAGGCUAUUUUGACGAGUGUGUCGACUGCGGCAGACAAGAUCGAUUGGAUCAUUGAGCAGGCUAUGAUCCAUCAGCGACCGGUUUAUCUGCAGAUUUCGGAUGAUAUGGUCCAGGUGCCUGUAUCCACGGCGAAUUUUGAGAUAAAGUCUGUGAUUAGUCCAUCGCCAUCUGCGACGGCUAUAGAUGGGGAUGUCACUAAUCAGAUCUUGGAGCGAAUUUACUCUGCUUCCAAGCCUUUGAUCCUUGUUGAUGGCGAGAGUCGAAACCUGGGUGUCGUCGAAGAGAUUGGGAGCUUGAUCGAGACCACAAAGUGGCCAACGUGGACAUCGGCAUUCGGCAAGGGCCUUGUCAACGAAGAGCUGGCCAACGUCCAUGGCGUGUAUCUCGCUGGUAAUGGCGACGAGGUUUCUCAUGAAUACUUCAAGACGGCCGAUCUUAUUUUAUUCUUUGGACCGCAUCUGAGCAACAUCAACACUGGUCUCUUCACGGCAAUUCCCAGCGAGGAUGUUACUAUCUCUUUCUCCCCCGACCAGAUCAAGAUCGACAGCAAGAUCAUCCGAGAUAUACCACCUCAACAGUUCAUCCAGAACCUUAUCAGCAAAGUCGACCCAUCACGACUUGCCAAAGUGAACAACCUAGACAUUCCUGAAAAAGCACAGCCUGAGCCUGUACCAUCUGACAGUCUCUCACAGAGUCUGUUCUACCCAUACAUAAACUCCAUGUUCCGUCGCGGCGAUACAGUCUUGACGGAAACGGGUACAGCUGCAGAGGGCGGAAAAGUCAUAAAACUCCCCCAAGGUUGUCGUCUCUUUACAGCUGUAACGUGGUUGUCAAUUGGAUACAUGCUACCCGCCACUCUGGGAGCAGCUCUCGCGCAGCGCGACGGUGCACGAAAAGGUACAGACCGCACAAUUCUCUUCAUCGGUGAUGGGAGUCUGCAAAUGACGGCCCAGGAGAUCAGCAUCAUGGUCAAAGAAAAGCUCAACGUCAUCAUUUUUGUUAUUAAUAAUAAUGGGUACACCAUCGAGCGGGUCAUUCACGGUCGGGCUGCGGAUUACAAUGACAUCGCACCGUGGAACCACAAACAUGCGCUUGGGCUGUUUGGACAUAGCGACGAAGAGGCUGCACGUCGAUAUUUCUCUGCACAAACAUGGGAAGAGUUACAAAACGCUCUAGACUCACAGGUUAUACAGAGCGAUGAUGGAGUCAAGAUGAUUGAAGUGUUUAUGGGUCAGGAGGACUGCACUGGAGUAUUAAAAGGGCUGCUCAAUAGCCAAAUCGCUCGAGAAAAAGCAUCACAAUAG